ACAAAAUAUUAAAUGAGGGCACAUGGGAGAUAUAUGAUAAAUGGGGCAAAUAGGGAAAUAAAUCAAUUUCGGUUGGCUUAUAAAUAGGAAGGAGGCCGUUACAGUUUUCUUCCCCUCUCAUCUGCAAGCUUCACGUGUUCGAUCUUUCUCUUCCAUUAAACUUCCCUUAAUUCUCACCCAUUUCAACUUCUUCUUCUUCUAUCUUCUGUCUACAUUCUUCUUCCCCCUGUUUCAUCUACUUAUUAUAGCAAAUUCUUGUCGGUGAUAGUAGUUUUUAUAGUUAAGAUUUCUUCAUCAAAUCUUUAAUUAAACAUCACAUAAAUUAUGUCGAAGAAUUCAUCCAAAAAAGUCACCUCCUCUUCUUCUUCAUCAUCUUCUUCUUCUUUUAUUAAUGAUAAUUAUAAUAAUAAUAAUUCUGCUGGUGCUACUUCUAGUUCCACCAUUGCUGACCUUUUUGGUCCUAAGCCUUCAUCUUCUUCCUCCAGCAUAUUUGGCUCUGUGUUUGGUCCUACAUCAAUGGGGAGAGGAAGAGACUCUACAAACCAAGUGGGAAAUUACAGACAUGGUGUUCCUGGCGCACCUGUAAGCAAAGGAGAAAAUAGCAAUAAUUCUUAUUAUCAGCAACAAACAGUCGAUCAACCUUGCUAUUUUACCUCUUCCAUCUACUAUGGUGGCCAAGAAGUUUAUUCUCCAACUACGCGUUCCACUGAAUCUCAUUUCAAGAAAGAUGAGCAGGAGGAUGACCCUAAUAGUGCUUCAAGAGGAAAUUGGUGGCAAGGGUCACUUUAUUAUUAGUCCAAGAUGCGACUUAAACGGGUGUAGCCUACCCCCUAUGGAAACCAAGGGGCCAAAUUUUCAUGUUAGAACCAGGACCCCAAAAUCUUCAAGACGGCCGUAUGACAAUAUAAUGCAGGGGUGAACUAGCUCCAUAUUGUUAGUCUAAUUAAUGGUUGUCGUUUCUUUAUUAUAUAAAAGUCGCGUCAUUUUCGCCUUUACUUUCAGAAUUAGAAAAGAAAGGAUGUUACUUGAAGAUGGAAAAGAGAACUUGAAUAUUGUUGUGGGAAGAGAAAAUUACUCCAGCAGCUAGCUGGUUGAACAAGGCCAUGUUCAUGUUGGUUCACAUGGUAGAGAUAUCCUUGUGCAUUUCUAUGCAAUUUUUAGUUGUUCCACGUUUAUUCGUAUCACUUUAUUAGGAUUCAAGGGGAAUAACUAGGCUUGUUAGAAGUAAUAUUAGAUGAUCAUGGGCCGGCCACAAAGAAUCCAGCCCAUUGGGGCCCAACACAUCAGGCUGAAAGAACAUGUGGAGCAAGUACCAAAAUGGUGUAAAAAGUGAAUUCGGGCAGCCCAAUCGAGUUGGGCUAACUUCAUCAACUCUACUCUCAAUGUUUAUGGUUUUGUAAGAAUUGACUUAUCAUUUUCAGGAUCUUUUGUUUAUCUGUGUAUACUGUCGUAGAUGAUUCAAUUUAGGUCUUGGGUGGUUCACGCAAGACUUUACCAACUAAACUAACGUUCACAAAUCACGAAAGUCAAUGUUAAUGUUGGGUAGUUUUUUAAGUCAACUUCCCAGUUAGGAAACACCAAUUGAAAAUUGAAAACAAUACUUUAUUCAUAUCAUCCAAGUUCUAAUACAUCUGUCUGUAUUAGAAAAGCUAAGCACAAAUGCAAGCUUCUAUCGCCAUAUCCAACUAUUCUUAGGAAGUUCAGUACUACAUGUGAUGUGAUGAGAUGGGUUCUUCACUCUUCAAGGCAAUGUGUAAGCUGCAAUACCAAAUAAAAGAAAGGUCAGACAUCAGUAAAUCAGUAUGAACAAUUAAAGAUGGCAAAACAAUUAUAUAUAUAUGUAUGUAUGUAUGUAUGUAAUGCUGAAACUCACCACCACACUUGUACCCAACAGGGCGAUCAGCUAAGUUGCAUCGCUUAGGAAUAGUAACAGCAACCUCAGGCUUAACUCCGGAACUUUUGGCGGUGUUAGAGAGCAUCACUGCGCAGAGGCAGCUCGGGUUCUGGCCUAACUGUUUAAUCUUAGCACAGCAAGCAUCUGAAACUGGGGCAUUCACAUCCUGUCCUGCCACAGCACAAGGAACAAGUUUGUAUGCCUCUCGUUCUGGCGAUGCUCUCCCACACUCACCGUGAGCAUUUACCCCAUGAAAUCCUGCAAUGCAGAGAGCAAGAACAAACAGAAACAGAACAAUUUGAUUCACUGAAGAUUUCAUUGCUUUAGUUUUUACUGUGAUGAAGGUAUUUGUGUUAGUUGAUCAUUGUUAGGACUUGGGCAAUUAUAUAUAGAGGAAGGAGGAGCUAUUGAUUGAUGCGAAGAGAACUAUAAUAAUGUGCUCCAUUAUUUAGUGGAGGAAGCAUUAGAAGAGUACAGGAAGUAAUCUAGGAUAGAAAGAAAGCACUUUCGGCUCCAAAAAUCAUUUCAUUGGUGAUCUGGCUCAUACUAACAGGAUUAAUUAGGUAAAUCAAAUGCUAAUGCUACCAUAGUGGUUUUCACUACUGCAUUCACCACAUUGUAGAUGAUCUUACCGACUCCCAGUCCCCACAAGAAAGAACAAAAGAAAACAAAGACACUAACAGAUGCGGAUUAUUGAGCUUAACUUAUUUGUGUUGAACUUGACUUACUUUCGCGAAAACUUGUUCUAAUUGAUAAGAAUAGUUACUGAGGGUUUGUUCUCUUCGGCAUAAAACAGCUGAACUGAAUUGAAUUGAACUGAAUUGAAGUGAACUGAACUGAACUAAAUUGAACUGAAAUGAAUAGUGAUAUGUGAGAAUAAAAGUAUUGUCCGGAGCUGAACUGAACUGAAUUGAUCUGAACUGAAUUGAACUGAAUUGAACUGAAAAUAAACUGGGAAGAACAGGCCUGAGUCUUUGUAAGAGGUGUUGGAAUCUAAUGCAAAGGCGUAUGCAGCAAACUUGUUGGCUUUUUGUAAAACAGUAAUUUUAUGGGAAGGGUAAAGUAGUUGCCCGACACUUAUUAAACAUUACCUCCCCUUAUUAUCGUCUAUUAAACAUACCCUAAAUACACUCUUAAUUAAGCUAGAAGUUAAACAGGUCCAAAAUCUUUGCAUUUUAUACCAUACACUUGGGUGUAUCAUACUCCCUCUGUUUUUUUUUAUCUUUCUCACUUGGAAUCUUGACACUAUUCAUACAUAGAGAGAAUCUUCCCAAAUGUUCUCAAUUUAUAAGAAAAAACAUAGUCAUGUGGGGUCUUGUUUGAUUCGUCUCAAUUAGUACUUUGUUAAUAUUCAAUCGUUAUAAUUUUUACUAAUAUAUAAUGAAAGAUAUUUAAGUUUUAAAACGUGCAUUAGAAGACGCGCACAGGAAAGUGAGAAUGAUAAAAAAAACAGAGGGAGUACAUCCUAAGGUAAUUUAUUUGCUCAUUGCUCAAUUUUGGAGAGCUUCAAAAGAGCAAUGAGCAAAAAAACAUAAUAUUCGGUACACGAUACACCCGGGUUUAUGGUGUAGGUUUUGCAAAAUGUUGAGUUGAGCAAGUUCACGUGAAGAUAAUGCAGCUAGCCUAAUAAAUGCCCAGUUAUCAAAAUGGAGGGAAUUUACAACUUGCUAUGGUGAAAUCCAUGAUUUGCAUAUUCUGAGCUAUAUACAACUUCCAAAGUGUAAACAACACACAACAAUUUCAUGCUAAAAGAGCACAUUGCUAGAAUGCAAACUUUAAACUUACACACUACAAUAGAAUCCAUAAAUCCUUUCAGCUUAGUAAUUCAAUAAACAGAAUCAAACCAAUAUCUAUUUCGAAAUGCGAAAUUCUUAACCAUAAAGAGGCCAUGUUAAAGAUGAUUAUCAAUCUAAUGGAUUCCAAAAUCCUGAACAGUUUUUUGAUGUCUCAAAAGUUGCAAUUGAGAUACCAAAUAUACAGAAUUCUUACAACACUAAUAUAUGCUUCAUACUUAGUAAGCAUUAUAUUCACACACAAUACACAAUUCAAGUUACAAUCAAUCAAAUCCAAUUAGGUUGCGUUCUCUUCACCUGAAAGGUGUCUUAACUCGACAUCGAUCAGUUCCAAUCCCGUAUACUCAUAAGGUCUAAUAAGGUCUAAUAAGUUCUGCGUUACUCAAACAAAUGAGAGUAUCAUUAUUACAAUUAACGAGUAAAAGCAUAAAGAACAAAAACAAUAUAAAUCAAAAGAGCAGAAGGAACCAAAAUAACAAGAGGAACAAUAGCAGCAAUAGCAUGAGAACUCCCACAAGACAAACUACCCAACUUAAUCUGAACUACAUUAACCAAAGCCAACAUCAGAAAAGCACACCCAGAAACAGAUCCAAUAGCAGAGACAAGCAUGCCAAAACGAAGGCCCGAUGUAUGGAUCAAAGCCCGAUAAGAGUCGUAAUGGGCCGGAAUACGGAAGGCCUGUUUAAGGCCCAAAGCAACGAGGCUAGAGAAGAGGAAAGAGGAGAAAGAGUAGACGUGGAAAGCUACUAUGUUUUCAGCAAUGGAGGUGUUGAGUGAAGAACAAGAUGGGUCAGUGAUGAGUGUGUUUGAUGGAUCAUUUGGGUUCCAUGAAAGGCCUAAGAAAACUGCUAAGGUGAAGAUGGAGUUUACGUGGAUUAUGCCGUCGAGUGCGCUGAUGUGGAUGGUGGUUCCUAAGGGUUUCUCGUGGAGGUGAGACAUGGUUGGUGGAGGUGGUGGAGGGGAAAGUCUCACUAAGAGAAAUCACGAAAGGAAAGUGAAUCAAAUGAACACUCAAUAAGGAACUAGGUAUUACAUAAUCUGAUCUGAACUGACUUGAUCUAACUUGUGCAGUUACACGUGUUGUUAAGCUAGUAGCUUAAUUUUGAUUGAAAUAUUACAAUAAGUUGAUUGAUCUUUCUAUUAAAAAAUGUAAUAAGUUAAUUGAUGAUGGAACUGAGGGAGAGGUGGUAGUUUAGUCGAGUACCAUCUCGAAAAUUCCAGAGCAAUUGCCCAGGGUUCGAAUUUUCAUCUCAAUAAUAUGUUGGAUGUUUAAUUC